ACCAGCUGGACCUGAACCUGAUCUAAUCAGAUUGAAACUCCGGAGGCGAGAGCUGUGCCAUUGAACACAUCUUCACAAACUACACUGACGCAGCUUUCUAGUUGGAACAAGAAUGGAGAAACACAGGGCAUCAUGGAAGGCAGAACUCUGGUUGAGAAGAAAAAUCCAUUCCCCAGAUAAAUUUCAGGACCCCAAGAGGAUGCCCAGAACUGGGGAUUCUCAGGGCUCACGCUCUCUUCAGCGGGCAUCAAGUGAUGUGGUCCGACCUUUGAAUAGGCAAGUAAAGAUAUUAGAUAAUGAUGCCUCUGUGACUCUGAAACUAGAGAAAACCAAAGAAGCCAUCAGUAAGCAAAGUAGCCAGAGAAAUAACCAUAAGGACAAGGCCCACAAGAAGGGUCAGCAUGGGUGGCUAAAGAACCUGAUGAAUAUCCUGACCAGGACAGAGUCUGAGGAAUCAAGGGAAAAGGAAGAAAAAAAAUCAAAGGAGAAAUGUAUCUCCCCUCAAGACCCCAAAUACCUGGAGGCAUCUGUAGACCCACCAGAGCCAACCUUUAGGAAGAAAGACAGGGAAAGGGGAGACAAAAAAUCAAAGGAGAAAUGCCUCUUCCCUCAAAGUCCAGAAUCCCUAGAGGUACCAACUGAACCCCCAGAGGUAACCUCCAAGAAGAAACACAAAGAAAAGGGAGACCAAAAGUUAAAGGAUAAAUGCAUCUUACCUCAAGAUCCAGAAUCUCUAUCAACUGAACCAUCUGAGGUAAUCUCCAAGAAGAAAGACAAGGAAAGAAGAGACAAAAAGUCAAAGGAGAAAUGCAUCUUUCCUCAAAGUCUGGAAUCCCUAGAGGUACCAACUGAACUUCCAGAGGUAACCUCCAAGAAGAAACACAAGGAAAAGGGAGACAAAAAGUCAAAGGAGAAAUGCAUCUUUCCUCAAAGUCUGGAAUCCCUAGAGGUACCAACUGAACCCCCAGAGGUAACCUCCAAGAAGAAACACAAAGAAAAGGGAGACCAAAAGUUAAAGGAUAAAUGCAUCUUACUUCAAGAUCCAGAAUCUCUAUCAACUGAACCAUCUGAGGUAAUCUCCAAGAAGAAAGACAAGGAAAGAAGAGAUAAAAAGUCAAAGGAGAAAUGCAUCUUUCCUCAAAGUCUGGAAUCCCUAGAGGUACCACCUGAACCUCCAGAGGUAACCUCCAAGAAGAAACACAAGGAAAAGGGAGACAAAAAGUCAAAGGAGAAAUGUAUCUUCCCUCAGGAUCUAGAACCCUUAGAAGCUUUGGCAGAACCACCAGAAGCAACCUCCAAGAAAAAAGACAAGACAAAGAAAGGCAAAAAAUCAAAGGAGAAAUGUGUUUUCCCUCAGUGUCCAGAACUCUUAGAAGCAUUGGAAGAACCAUCAGAACCAAUCUCUAGGAAGAAAGACAAGAAGUCUAACCUCAAAAAAGCCUUUUCUUUUAAGAAACAUAGUAAUGAAGAAGCCAAAAAAUCAUCAGGCUUGGAUUCUAGAAGCCCUGAGGCACGGAGACCUACAAAGCCUACUUUGCUUCCUUUGUGCUUCAGCUAUAGACCUGCAAGUUUGUCUUCACUUGGUAAGCUGAACCAAUCCAUGUAG